GAUUUCCUCGGCAGCAUCUGCGGCAGUUGCGAGGGGGAGGAUUUCCUCGGCAGCAUCUGCGGCGACGGGGCACCCGCCGCAGAGGGCGUGAGCGACGAGGAUUUCCUCGGCGGCAGCUCCGACGAGCUGCAGGUCGCCACGGCUGCGAGGGCGGCGGGCGCAGCAGGCGGCCAUCCUGCCCCCGGCCUCGGCCCGCUGGCGCUGAGCGCUGCGGACGCCUACGCGCCUCCAGCUGCGGCGAAGCGCGGCCGCAGAAUCCUGCCGGCCGCCGCUCGAGCUGCCGUGCACGCCCUCGAGCCGACCCCCGAGGUGGCGUUUGAGUCGGCCGUGCCUCGCACCGCCGCGUUCCUGCUGGACGCCGAUGCGGCCCGACCGUCGGCGUUGUCAUCAGCAGAGAAGCUUUGCCAGAUUUGCGGACUGGCCAAGAGCACUUGGCGCGACACAGCCGAUGCCAUCGCUCGCUGCACGUGCCAGGUGAUGCGGAAGUCGGUGGAUCGUUUCGCGCAGUCUGUCCCGGGGAUCUGCAGGGGUGGCGGCCAAGGCGGAUCUCGGCUCCAGCCUCUCGUGCAUUUUCGGUUUCGUUGCUACGACGGGACCAAGCAGCGCGUGAGAGCGCACUCCACCGCGGCAACGCAGGGCGGAGUCCGAGCCGCAGCCGUUGCUCCAGUUGCUGGCAAAUUCGAGGUCCGAGAGCCGACGGUGCUGCGCGCGACGGGCGGGACGGCGGCGGAGUCUGUCCAUGCGGCGCUGGCCCACAUCAGGUCAGAUGCCGAUGGCGAGCUGGACGUGGUGUUCCCCAGGGGCGUUGACUUUGUGACCAGCGACGAGCACGGGGCCAAUCUCAAAUAUGAUUCAGCCGACAAGUACGAUGCGUGGCCCCCAGUCCGUUCCACUGGGGACAAGUUUCGGCGGAGAUUGCUGCAGGGGUUGUGGAACGGGGACUUGCGGCGGUCAGACCGCAUAGAGCAUAUAUGUCGCGGGUGCUGCAAAUCCAGAGCGCAGACGUUGUACAUGAUGCAGACAGCUGGCCUCAAGGCGUUGGUCACGAACGUUUGGCGCGUGAUGGAUCGGCAGAACUGGACAGGUGCUCACUUUUGCCUCUGCGGGCUCGGCCUUGCAUCGUUCGUCCACAACCUCUUGCCGUCUGCGUUCCUUGUUGUGUUCGGCGCCCAGUGCACACAGGUCGACGGGCCAGAUGGCGCUGGCGACGGCCUGGAGGGCGACCUCGGCGCGGAGUGGCUCGAGCGCGACGUCGAGAAGACCAUCUUUGUCAGCGCCUGGAGGGAGGGCAACGUUGCCAAGAUCUCCCGCGCCAUCGAUUGGAUCGUGAGUGGAUCGUUUCACGACUCCUUGCACCUCUUCGCUCGCUCCCACGAGCCAUGCAACGAUAUGGUUUUGGGGGAGCUCGAGCGCACUGGGGUCCAGUGGGAGCUGAAGCAGCAGCAGCGCCUUCUCGAGCGCUUCAGGGAGCAGGUCUGCGACAUGGUUGUCAAUGACGGCUGGCCGUUGCUGCGAAGCCCCACCGAGCUGCAGCAGUUGCAGGUCUUCACGCUGUGCCCCCGCUUGUCUGCGGCCGCGUACCAGCUGGUCGAAGCCAGACACAGGGCGACGCCAUGCGCUACAUACAGCGCCCUUCGAGAUUUGGGGGCCCUCCGCAGCUUGGCGGCUCGGCCCAAGUGCACCCUUGACACGUGCACCGAGGACUUCGUCAGCUACCACACCGACCGAGGUGGUGUCGACGGUGCCAUGGCGAAGGCCAGGCUGUCUGGCGCGCUGCAGCUGGUGAUGACCAACUCUGCCGUUGCGCGUGGGGGUGACCACGUGGAUGCCAAGAUUAAGGGGCAGCGGCAGAAGCAGGAGCUUCGAUCGCAGCAGCCACGUCGCAACAUCAAUGCUUGGGUUUGGCGUGCUUUCGCCCACCUGGAAUUUGGAGGCGCGUUCGUUGACCAGGCUCUCGGGAGUGAGCUUUCAGCCCGAUACCACAUGCUCACGCCCGAGCAGCGCGCGCCCUACGAGGAUUUGGCCGCAGUUGCCGUCCAGGAGCACGUGGCUUGUCGGCGGGCGUUCGGGCCCUGCGCGAGGCCAUCCCGUGCGAGACCUCUGAGUAGGUCAGGUUGUGCGCAGCCGAGUGGUAUUGCAAUCGAGGGCGGCGCCGACGACGUGAUGUCCGCCGCGGAGGCGGCCGCCUUCGCCUCCGACAGCAUCAUCCUGAAGAGUGCCCUGGUGGAAAUGAAGCUGCACAGUGCCGCGAUGAAGCGAGAGGGCGAGGAGAUGAGGGCGACAGCAGCUCGCCUCCAUCGGCAAUCUGAGCCUGACAAGUCUACACUUGGCCAGGAAUGGCACCUUGUUGCUGGGGGGGUGCCCGCCUCCGUCGCUGCGGGCAUGACGGUCCAGCAGUCGAUUGUUCCGACCUUGCAGUACACGAGGACGCCGACUUCAAUAUUGUCUGAGGUUCUUCGGGCUUUGGAUAUCAGUAGUGUCAAGCGGGAAGCAGAUGAGUGGAGGCGCACGCACCCCCACACCGUUGAGGCCGAGUGUCCCAAGCUGCACGCGCCCGCCAGGCCGCGUCGGUGGUGUUGGGAAGCAGGUUACUGCGUAUGUACUGGUGCUUCUGCCAUCGCGAAGAAGUUCCACGACCAGCUGUCGGUCAUGUGGCGCGUCCUGGCACACCGCCUUGGCGAGAAGGUCUUCAACGUGAAGUUGGAGAGCGGCGUCCUGGUGCUGAGGUUCACUUGCGUUGGCGUCUCGGCCCUGGGCCCAGCGCCGCCUCUUGGCGCAGGUGGCGAGUCUGCAAUUGUCCCUGCAGGCCAUGCGCCAGCCGCUGAGGGCUUGCACAACGUCGCCCUCGAUUAUGGGCGGCCGGGGAGGCCAAGCUUCGCCCGCAUGCGCUGGGAGCCGCUGGAGGAUCGCCCUGGCGUGGCGGGAGUUGCUCCACAGGUGGUCGGCGAAGGCGACGGCGGCGCUGCUGUGCUCAGCUACCUGACGGGGACAGGCAGUCGAUCACCGCUCGCGUGCAUGAGCUGGUUGCAGACGCCCGCAGGGAAAAGGAAGGCCCACCCGGUCAACAGGCCGAAGCGCGGGCCGCACCCGAUGGAGACGGCGCCGCCUGCUCCCGCGGAGGCGUUGGAGGACGUCAGUGACGGGAACGAGGCUGGAGGUGACGAGGACGAGGUCGAGUUCCGACCCCAGGAGGACGAGCCGCACGGCGACGGCGAGGAUGAGCUUUUCGACGAGGAGGCUUGGGCAUUGUUCGGGUGGAGCGACGACGACUUCGACGGCGUGGACCCGAUUCGGCUCGAUGGCAGCUGCGGCGGAGGAGAUGAUGAGGUUCCGCCGCGCCGCGUGUUGCACGUGCCAGGCGGCAAGAUCAAGUACUACGCCCACGGCAGCCCGCGCUUCGCUGCUGAGUGCGCGGCCCACGCUGCGCGCAUCACCAGCCGCACUGCUCGGGAGAGCCCUUUUGCUGCAAGGGCUGGGCAGGCGCUCGCGUUCCUGCUGGCGACCGCCCCGACCACCAGGCAUGCUGCUCGCGAUCGGCUGCUGUUCGCCGCGGGCGACCCAGUCGGCGCGGCGACGCUAGGGCUCGAGCGGCCUCGCAGGGCUGGUGAGCCCGAGGAGCCCGAGUCUAUACCGAAGUGA